CGGAAUACUGCAGUGAAUGCGUCAAGAUCAAUAAAAGUGUAGCUGAUCUUGUUUGUGAGUUGAAUUAUGAUGCUGAACACAGUGUAUCUCUGCUGGUUUAUGAUGAAUGUCAUGGUGAUGGCAUCACAUCCAAGUUUGAGACGUAGUGAAAGCUCUUUUGCUCUAUCUGAUACAGACUUUUUACCUGUAAUGGACCUGGAGCAACUUGAAAUAAACUCAGCAGAAGAAAAACUGAUAGAAGACCUUGGCUCAUAUGAUGAGCCAUACCUACAGGACAUGGACAAAGCUGUGCAGCUUCAGAGAAGAGGCACCCGCUCCCCCAGCCGCUGUAUCCCUCAUCAGCAAUCCUGCUUGGGCCACCAUAUGCCCUGCUGCAACCCCUGCGAUACGUGUUACUGCCGUUUUUUUAAGGCCUUCUGUUACUGCCGCAGCAUGGACCACACCUGCAAACAUGAACAUGCCUAGAGAACCAAUGUCUACUCCGAACUGGCUAAUGGUGGCUGUACACAUUUAAUACAACCUUAGAAUAUGAAUGUGGAUAGUGUAUACACACCCCACAUACAGCUUCACACUAAUCACAGAUACAUUUGUUACUACAGGCCACAAAUAAUGGUGGUAUCAGCUGCACAACACAAAUAAGAAUACGAGUGUUCACCAUUACUUUUAGCACUUCAGCUUUUUGUUGCUGCUGUUUUAAGAUGUGUAAUUUUAUUGCAGUU